AUGCAAUUCUUCAAAGCGGCCACAGCACUAGCGCUUCUCACCUCCUGGGUGCAAGCUGACGAAAAUGUCAGAUACAUCACGUCCGAUGGCGUGGUGUACAGCUUCGCAGUUGUCACCAGCACUAUCAGGCCUGCGACAACUUAUUUGAGUACUUUGUACUACACAACUACCGAGGUAGUUCCGGUAACUUUGGCGAAUGAGGUGGUCACCUCGUCAACAAAGGCAGUCACGAAGACGUCUACGAUGUCAGUCACGAGCUCAGAGACGGACUCGCCUGAGCAAACGAGCACGAGUGUCAGCACGAGUGCCAGUCCUAGCUUUAGUGCCAGUUCUAGCUCUAGUGCCAGUUCUAGCUCUAGUGCCAGUUCUAGCUCUAAUGCCAGCUCCACCAGCUCCAGUUCCAGUUCCAGCUCCACCUCCACUUCCAGCUCCACCUCCACUUCCAGCUCGACUUCCGUCUCCAGCUCGACUUCCGCCUCCAGCUCCACGAGCACCCUAUACCCAUCUUCCACCUACUCCCUUUCCAGCUCUACAAGCAAGACUGCAAGCGCUUCUUCACUACCCAGCAGCACAACUUCCAAGUCCACCGGUAGUCCCACCAGCUCCAAAACCACAUCUACUAUUACUUCGACACCAUCCAGCUCUUCUACCCGCUCUUUUGCCGCUUCACUAGAUGAAGAAGCCUACACGACCGAGUUCGGCCAGGACGGGUCCUGCACGGUCUACUACGAUGACAGCGACUACUACACAACGAUAUAUUUGACAGAUCCCAGCCAGUCUGUGGAUGCGUUCACCACUUACACCAGUACCAGUACGGUGUACCAAACCAUCUCAAUCUAG